AUGUUAGCGAGUGAGCACAGAGCCUCGGAACUUCCAGCGGAUUUCUUGGAAGCUUUCCCCACGAUGGUACGUGACGUCAGUCUCCGCGGCGACAUACGUCUUCCGCCCAUCACGCCGCAGCAGCAAGGUGCGCUUUUCGCUCUGGCGGCCAAAUAUGGCUCUGCAUGCAGUCUUGUCAUGGAUGGCGAGGGGAGGUUUCAUUUGCGAAACGGCUCUUCCAGUCCUCAUUUGCAAGAAAAGCUGGCUGAAGAGCUGCGUUAUCUGCAUGAUGAAGGGGAAAAGUACCCUGAGGAAGAUCCUCUUGUGUUGCACUGGGCAUUUACGGACCGCAAUGUACAUCGAGAGGUGGUGACAAUGUUACAGCUUCUAGCUUACGAUAUGGGCAUAUUCCUUGGCGAGCAGCUCUUUGACGGGGUUUAUAUUUACCGCGUGGAGGUUGCACUUCGGUAUCUUCCGCAGUGGGAGGCGGAGCGGCGCAAACUCAUAGAUUCAUCUCUUCAGGGGGAAGCAGAUCCCUUUCCAAUCCCUGUCUUGGCGAUGAAGGAUGCAGGUAUAAUGGAUGCAUACAGGAAAUUUAUUCGACCGUUUUUGUAUGAAUGGGAUUUCGCUACCACACGAUGCGAGGUAAACCUCUAUCGGGAACCCACGGGACAAAUACCAAAGGAAGCACGGUCUUUAGGCUCUCUAUUUUCUUUGCGGCAUGAAGUUAAUUCGUCAGGAAAGAUCUUUUUCAGACGUUGGACACGGCAUCUUUUGCAUGUUUUUUCCAAGUAUGCGGAGGAGCUCAGGCGGCAAGAUAGCAAAGGGAUCAAGAAGACACUCUCAAAAUACGGUGGGGAUCUCGAUCCUGUCGACACGGAGAACAUUACCCCGCAUUUCGGUCAUUUUAACUGCUGCCUCGAGGAGCGUUAUUACAAGAAGGAUCUGGCAGAAUUGGAGGAGUUUGCCUGCCGCAGUGGUUACUUUGUGCAUGUGUCGAUAGAGGGCGAUCUUGCGAUUGUGCUGGCGACCGCGCGAAUGAGGCCGGCGCUGGCGCAGAGGUAUACUUUGGUUUUUCCGAAAGAGACGGAACAUCCGCGGCGGCCACGUGAGUCUGAGGCACAGUUGCAUGGAAGAGUUGGACUUUUAGACACCGUAAUUCGUCAGCGCUUACUUUUGGGGAAGGAAGAGAAUGAUAGUCUCUACCACAAACGUAAUGAUAAAAAGGUAUCACGCAUGGAUCUAAUAAAUGCCAGCGCAAACACCAGUAGCAACAGCGGCAGUAGCAGUAGUAGUAAAAGCAGCAGCAGAAGCAGCAGCAGCAGCAGCAGCAACAUUAAAAGAAGAAGCACUGAUAAUGGUAAAAAACGUGUUCGAGGAAGAAUUGUAGGCAUUGAGGAGAGCCGUUGGGGCAAAGAAGGCGCGGAUAGUGCAUUGGAGGAUGAAAAUAAACCUUCCACACCCAAGAAGGCACUUCCUGCUUUGAAUUUGCUUGUGGGGAAUGAAAUGGGUGCCUAUAGGCGCUUUUCUCUCGCAGAAAGCAACCUUUACGAUACGAUUGUGGGGAAAAUGCAACGCAAGUUACCACCUGGAUGGAGUGUGCGCCGGGACUCUGCGGGAAAGCGUUACAUUCUUGAUCAUCUUCGGGGCAGGGCGCAUCAUGGUGACUCGUCUGUGAUCUCCAUGGAGUUUGCAGCAGGGCAACGGGAGAUAUACAAUGUUGUGGAUUUGAUGAUGUGA